AUGGGUCGUAUGCAUGCACCUGGUAAAGGUAUAGCUCGUUCAGCUUUACCAUAUCGUCGUACACCGCCUUCUUGGUUGAAAACUACUCCCGAUGAUGUGUGUGAACAAAUUUUUAAACUCGCAAAAAAGGGCAUGACGCCUUCACAAAUUGGUGUUGUACUUCGUGAUUCUCAUGGUAUUGCUCAAGUUAAAAAUGUUACAGGAAAUAAAAUACUUCGUAUCUUAAAAUCAAAUGAAAUUCCAGAGGAUUUAUAUCAUUUGAUUAAAAAGGCAGUUGCAGUUCGUAAACAUUUAGAACGUAAUCGUAAGGACAAAGAUGCCAAAUUUCGUUUAAUUCUUAUUGAAUCAAGGAUUCACCGUCUCUCCAGAUAUUAUAAACUUGCUGGUCAACUUCCUCCAAAUUGGAAAUAUGAAUCUUCAACUGCAAGUGCAUUAGUUGCUUAA